AUGGUAGGGAUGUUGAAAGAGAAUCUAACCAAGAGUCGUAGCUACUCGGAGGAGGAACUCGCUAAAGAGAUUGCGUUCGUAACAAUAGGUCCGUUGGAGGAGAAUCUAGCCAAGAGUUGCAGUGUAUUGGAGGAGGAGCUACUAUUGGAUAGUUACAGCGAACAACGAUGGCAA